ACGUGAUGUGACGGAGAUGGAGCAGCCAUACGGUUAUGGCGGAAGUUCAGCCUACCGAGAUCAAGACCAGCCUUAUCAGCGUCAACAACAGCAUUACCAGCAGCAGCAGCAGCAGCAGCAGCAUCAUCAUCAUCAGCAGCAGCAGGGUCACUUGGAUUACGAGGGCUACGGGGAAGAGUCGAUGCACGAUAAUUCGAGACCUCCUUCCGAGCCUUCGAGGGAUGUCAUCUUCCUCGGUCUCGAUCUGAACGUAGAUGAGGAGGUCCUGUUAACAUACUUUCGAUCGGAACCGUACAGCUUGGCCCUGGACUCUUUUACUGUCGUCAGGGACCGAGCGACGGGGCAGUCUAGGGGGUUUGGCUUCGGAGCGUUUGCCAGUUUGGACAGUGCGGUUGAUUUCGUGAAGGGGUAUGGCCCGCAUUUGCACAUUCCCCCUCUCUUCCCGGGCUGUUUGCCCAUGGACGUCCGGGUGGACUUUUCCGCAUCGACUUCGUCUGGAGGAAGGGAGCAUGGGGAGCGGAACGGUAACGACGGGAUGAGAGACAUUGGUCCUCCCGGGAACGGCAAUCGGGUCCUGCUUGUUCGGGGCCUGGACCCUCAGACAUCCCAGGAGGAGGUUCGGGACCGAUUGAGCGCCGAGAUUGUCAGGUUGGCCGCGACCAUGCCUGGUGACGGUCGAGGCCCAGUCACGGAUGGAAGGCAAGCCAUACGGCGGGUGGUCAUCAUUCGGUACAAGAACACCAAGAUUUCAACGGGCUUGGCCUUCGUCGAACUCGUAUCCACCGAUAUUGCUGUCGCUCUGCUAGCCCACUUGCUCUCUCGGGUCGCUCAGCCCGUUGGCGUUGUGGUAAAUGGCAGACCUGUAGCCUGUUCCUUUGCGAAUCCCGAAUCUUUCGUUCUCGCCAAUCACCCCGAAUCUGGCAAUCUACCUGUGCAGACUACCUGGUUAAUUCGAGGAGAGACGGAUGGGGGCAUCGGAAAUGUUGAGGGUUGGGUCAAGUACAGAGAGGAUUACCAAGGUGCAAGCGAAGUACGAACACCAUCACCCGGAGCAAGCAUGGCGAUCGAUCCGAAUCUGGAGUUGUUCUUGGCGAGCUUGGUCAUCCCUACCGACGAUGUUGUCUCCCGAACAAAGGGGAAAAAGGAGUUGGGCGAGGCAGCAGGGCCGAAGCUUCUGGACCGAAGCGCUGGUGGUUUCAAGAUGCAGCCGGUCAAGCUCAGUUUCGGGGCGGCGAACAAGAAAAAGGAGAAAGAUGAUGUCAUGGUGGCGCUUCCGGUCGCUGGAAAUCCUAUGUCACGGGCAGACGUCCCUAUGAACGCUGCAAACGUGUUAGGGGAGCCGGAAGAUGACGAGCCCGCAGCUUUGCCAUCGAAAACAUUCCCCGGGAGGAGCAAACACGUGGUACCUCCUCUGGCAUCUAGCAAGAAGAUGGCAUCCAACAUCUCAAAAUGGCAAACCCGACAAGGCGAACUGAAGGCGGAUAUAGCUCAAAAUCAAGCGUUGGCAUCGUCCGCUAACACGAAAUCAGCGGGCUUCAAUGCAAUCCCCGUCGCUUCAAGACAGGCAGUGGCAAGCACAAGCCAGACUGCUUCACCUGAACCUAGUGCCGGCAACACGGACGAUUUUGACUAUCGGGACGUCAGCAAGAUGGCCUGUCUUCUGUGCCAGCGACAAUUCAAGACUCUCGACAUUCUGGGAAGACACUGCAACGCAUCGGAAUUACACAAGAAAAACCUCGCCGACUCGUCAAUAUGCGAAGCUGGAAGAGACCGUAAAGCCGCUACACAGACUGACGAACCGGUCUCAGAGAAGAGCUCGGCAAAUAUUUCGGCGUCAUUGUACCGCGAUCGUGCAGCUGAGCGUCGACAGGUGUUCCAUCAACCAGCGAUGCCUCUGCCCGAAGAGAGUCGCUCCGCGCCGAAGCGCAAGUUUGCCAAAGCCCCGACCCCGCCGCCGCCCAAGCCUGCUCCAGGACCCGCUCCAGGUGAAGAUACUAAUAACAAGGGCAAUCAAUUGUUGAAGAAGAUGGGUUGGACCGAGGGUACAGGCCUCGGGUUAGAGGGAGAAGGUCGACAAGCUCCCGUACCGACCCUGUUAUUCGCGGAGAAAGCUGGGAUUGGCGCGUCUAAAGGCAAAGAUGCGACGAAAUACCAGGGCUUCGAAGGCUACGGGAUGUAUGCAAAAGACAGCGCCAAGUAAAUCAGACGUGGCUG